AUGAAGGCCAUGAUGCCGGCAUUCCGACUAAAAAGCAAUUUUCUCACAAUCGAGCCUGGCAAGCGAGGCCGAAUCCUGUUGGAAUGGAUACCACGUAGCGCCGAUGGAAGACACGCUUUUGACAACACCAUACGCUUUGCCUUGUCCGUGGAAGAAUGUGGUUUGGUGUUGGAUCAACUAGGCAAGAAUAACAACGUCCUUUUGACGUGCCGAGUGCCACCGUCUGAAGAAUCCUCCAUGGAAGAUGUACCCGACAAAGUGUUGCAAAUUAUUGCUGGCCAAGGUGGUAUGGCUAAUUUCAAGGUGGAUUUCGAACUUGGCGGCGUUGGUGGACAAUCGGCGGCAGCUCAUGGAAAUCCAAACAUUGUGUGA